UUUCACGGUACUUGAGUUUUAAUAGUUCUGCAUCGAACAUAAUAAAUAAAUUUCCACUGUCUAUUGCAGUUAGGAUAGAAGCGUAAUACAGUACGGGGCAUAAGCAAACAUGAAACAGUCUAUACUUUUCAUCAUAAUAAAAUGUAUUUUUCUUUGUAACACCAUCAGCUGUCUCCACCAACGUCACCAUGAGCAGUUUGCUAAAAGAUUAUACCAAUACGAACCUCGUGAAUUGAUAACAAUGUUCGGACCACCAUCUCAAGCCAGUCUGCCCAGAGAUAACAUUGCUAUUCAACCACCACGUACACUUUUAAAGCUGUCCUUAGAAAGAUAUAAUGCUAUGAACGACAAUCUUUAUUCCGGAUUUCCACGAAACCCACCAGAUUAUUCCAUGAAUUACUUAAAAAAUAAGUAUUUUAAUCUGAACAAAGCCGCAAGACUAAAUGAAUUAACGCAGGCUGAUAACGAGAAAUUACGCGACUGGCUGUCUCAACGCUUGAAUACACUUACCGCCGUAACGGUACCAUCUUACUGUCCUUCGGGACAACCAGACGAGCAUGGAUACUGUAGAGACGUUUGGCAUCUGCGGACACCACCACCACCGCUAAUUAAGGCAAGCGCAAAAGAGGAUGAACUAAAGCAGGCUGAUAACGAGAACAUACGCGAUUGGAUGUCUCAAUACUUGAAUUCACUUAACACCGUAAAGGUGCUACGUAAGUGUUCUUCGGGACAACCAGACGUCAACGGAAACUGCAGAGAAGCUUCGGAAAGUACUCGAACACCACCACCACUAAUAAACAAAAUCACAAAAGAGAAUGAACUAACGCAGGCUGAUAAAGAGAAAAUUCGCAACUGGAUAACUCAACAAUUGAAUACACUUACCGUCGUAACAGUACCACCUAGUUGUCCUUCGGGACAACCCGAUGAGCAUGGACACUGUAGAGAAGUUUGGCAUCUGCGGACACCACCACCGUCGCUGAUGGAAUCAUCAGGUCAAUUUCGAUCAGCCGAAACAUCCACUUAUAUAGACUGGGAUAACAUGGUCAAAUAAAUGAGAGAAUUAUAAUAUCCGGCUUAGGAAACAAAUAAUAACUGACUCGACUCACCGGCCCGAAAUAUAUAUCUGAAUUUAUAGAUUUAAUUUGAAAUUGAAAAUUAUUAUAAAUAAAUAUGCAAAUAUAUAUUACUUGCUUAAA